UUUUUAUUAAUGGCGACUAUAAACGUACCACGACGUAAGUUGGCCCUUGUAAUUGGCAUUGGCAAAUAUGACCAUUGUGAAGAAUUAAAAAAUCCAGAAAAUGAUGCCAAUGAUAUGUCAUCUACUCUAGAGAGUAUUGGCUUUAUUGUCACAAAGAAAUUAGGUCUAAAACGUGCUGAAAUGAAACAUGUUAUUAUUGAUUUUGAAGAAUCAAUACAGUCCGAUGAUAUGGUUUUAUUUUAUUUUGCUGGACAUGGGAUCCAAUGGGAAGAUCAAAAUUAUUUGAUCCCAGCAGACACUCCAACUUUGAAUGGUGCAGAUUUAAACAAGUGUGCGAUCAAUGCACAAGACAUUCUUAAUAAUUUAAGUGAUUGCAAACCAUACGUAACAAUAUUCCUGUUAGAUUGCUGUAGAAACUAUCAUUUACGUAAUCGUGAACUAGAUGCACGCGAUGCAGAUGCAAAUGACCCAAAAUCAAUAGGUCUCAAAGCUAUGCACAAAGCUGGUUCAUUGAUUGCAUUUGCUUGUGCACCUGGGACUAUAGCCAUUGACGGAAGAGAAGAGAAAAAUGGUUUAUUUACAAAGCAUCUUUUAAAACAUAUUUUCACUCCGAAUGAAGACAUCCAAAUGAUACUACGCGAUGUUACCAAAGGAGUAAAACAAGAAUCAAAAUCAAAACAAAUUCCAUUUGUGAGUGCUUCAUUAUCAGAGAGGGAAAUAUAUUUAUGUUAUCAACCAACGAAUCAACCACGUGAACCAGGUAAAUAUGCUAGUAAAUUCUACUUCUCUUGUUUAAGUGAACCAAAAGAGUGCAAUAAGAAGUUUGCCAUUGAAAUAUCUUUGUUUCUAACUAUUUAGAAAAUAACACAUGAGACAUUGUUAACAUUUAAGUUGUUUCUCGACGUAACCUGGGUCAAGUGUUAUAACUAACAUCAUCGAAAUAAACAGAAAACUUGGAUUCCUCCCCAGUCUCAGUCUUAAUAAUCCUCACAACUUUUUUAGCUCGACAUAACUAUUUCUUAAUUACGAGGGACACUCUCCAGAUGUUUCAUCACUUUCGAGUCCAUACAUUGGACACAUAGAGAUUCAUUGACAUAGUCUGACCCUGAAAACGAUAUCUGUGCAUAACCCUCUGGGUAAACCAGAUCGUAUUUCUAAAUCACAUUUGGUUGAAAUGAAAUUUUUAUCAGAUGAAGCCGGUAUUCGAUUUAGACUACGGCAAAUGUUAAGACAUUGUCGCUAAUUAACUUGCGAAUAUGUUAGAUUUAGAGUAACUAGUCGGAAAUUUGACGCACUCUAAGAAUACUAACAAAAGAAUCAAGUUCCAAAUGAGUUGACAUUUUUAUUGAAUUUAGCUUUGACAAUUUCGAGAAAAGCAAUAACAUUCCUAACAAUGGAGGUGUGUGUAUUGUUGAGCGAAAAAGUGGCACAUGUUCGGGUAAAAUGAAAGCCCUCAACGCCAAACUAACAAGGUUAAAAUAUUAGCUGCCAUUGGCUUGUCUAGAGGGAGAUAUUUAACUUUUAAGUGUAGGUGUAAAAGUGAAUCAAGAAAGGUUUUCUCCACUAUUAUAAGGACAAAACAUAGUGUUGUUCGGGGCGAUUAGGGGGUUUGUAGGGACCCUCUC